UGCAGUUCUGCUCUCUUCCAGCAUGGCUGCCUCCUGAUAGGAAUCCCAAAUUUGGCACUUUCUUCUGAUAAGUUCCUAGUUGUCCUUUUCAGUAUGGAACUAGAUGACAUCAGUCCACAGAGCCAGAAACUAAGCAAAGCAGAGAAGAAGUUGCGGCAAAAGCAGAUGAAGGCCAGAUACACCUUACUAAGACAUGAGGGUAUUGAGUGUGUAUCAUACCCUACUAAGAGUCUGGUUAUUGCCAAUGGAGGUCUGGGUAACGGUGUUAGUAGAUACCAACUGCACUCUGUGGUAGAAGAAUGUGGGUUGGUAGAAACCCUCUUGAUGCCCCCAAAUAAACCCUAUUCAUUUGUGCAAUAUGGAAGGACAGCUGACUCCAAGCAGGCCUAUGACGUCCUCAAUGGAAAGGAACUAAUAUUAGAGAACUCCAGCCAAAAGGUUGUUCUGUACUUCAACUUUGUAGAAAAAGUUCCUUGGGAGGAUAUGACCCCUCCAGUCUUGCCCCCUGGUUUGAGAGUAAUUGAGGAGUUGGUUUCAGCUGAUGAAGAAAAGGAGCUCCUUGAAAGCAUUAAUUGGACAGAGGAUGAGGUCGUUCCCCAUGCUCAGAAGUCUUUAAAACAUAGGAAGGUAAAACAUUUUGGAUAUGAAUUUCGGUAUGAUAACAACAAUGUGGAUCGAGACCAACCAUUACCUGGGGGUCUCCCAGAUUUCUGUAACACAAUUCUUGCAAAAUGUCUGAAGAUGGGAUACAUCAACGAGAAACCUGAUCAACUGACUAUAAAUCAGUAUGAACCUGGACAAGGAAUCCCUCCUCAUAUUGAUACCCAUUCUGCCUUCGAAGAUGAGAUAAUAUCUCUAAGUUUAGGAGCUGAGAUUGUUAUGGAUUUUAAACAUCCUGAUGGACGUACAGCUGCAGUUAUGCUGCCUCAACGUAGUUUGCUAGUGAUGUCUGGAGAAUCCAGAUACCUCUGGACUCAUGGCAUUACACCAAGGAAAUUUGACGUUGUUCAAGCAUCAGAAGGAGAGAAAAUCGGAAGCAUCACUGCCGACAUCAGAAAUUUAACCUUAAACAAAAGGGGGAAAAGAGUAUCUUUCACUUUCCGGAAAGUAAAGAGAAACCCUUGUUGCUGCUCUUAUCCUUCCAUAUGUGACAGUCAGCAUAAAGAGAUGGCACCCUCAUUUCACAACAGUGACAAAGAUGCCUCCAUGCUAGAGCAGAAGUAUGUCCACGAAGUGUAUGAAGACAUUGCUAUACAUUUCAGCAACACCAGACAUAGUCCAUGGCCACAAGUAGUUGAAUUCCUUAAAGGCUUGCCACAUGGAGCUGUCGUGGCAGAUAUUGGCUGUGGCAAUGGAAAGUACUUAGGCAUCUGCAAGGACUUGUAUAUG